AUGGCGGACGUCCGGUCCAAGAACCUCUACGAGCUUCUUGGCAAUGACCCUGAGCUCGACCCCAACAGGCCCCCUGCGCCUCCCGCGAAGGCUGUCGACCGUCCCGCUCCCCGUAUCGGCAAGCGUGAUGCUCCCAAGGAGGCUCCCGCCUCUCAGCCCCGCGAGAACACUGGCCGCCGUGGUGGCCGUGUGACCGCCGGUAACGACGCCGCUUUCCGUGACCGCAACGCCGGCCGCAGCAACAACCGCCAGAAGCCCACCGACGAGGCCGAGCAACCCUCCCGCCCUCGCGGCGGCAACCGUGGCCGUGGUGACCGCCAGUCCCGCACUGGUCAGACUGACACCCGCAAGCAGGUCCAGCAGGGCUGGGGCGGUGAGUCUGGCGAGAAGGCUUGGGACGACGAGCGCGUUGCCGAGAACAUCGCCAAGGCUGACGAGGCCGAGCCUCAGACCCCCGCUGAGGAGGUCGAGGAGGCCGACAAGGCCAAGUCUUUCGCCGACUACCUCGCUGAGAAGGCUGCCCGUGACAGCCUUGCUGCCAAGCCUGUCCGUGCCGCCAACGAGGGCACCAAGGAGGACAAGAAGUGGGCUACCGCUAAGGAGCUGAAGCACCAGGAGGAGGAGGCCUACAUUGCCGGUACCUCCGAGAAGAGCAAGCGCGAGAAGCAGCGCAAGGAGAAGACCUACGUCGACGUUGACAUGCGCUUCGUUGAGCAGCCCCGCCCCGCUCCCUCCGGCGCUCGUGGUGGCCGCGGUGGCCGUGGUGGUGACCGUGCUCCUCGCGGUGACCGUCCCGCCCGCGGUGGUGACCGCGCUCCCCGCGGUGCUGCCCGUGGUGGCGCUCCCUCCAGCGCUCCCCGCGGCGGUCGUGGUGGUGCCCGUGCCCCCGCUGCUGCUGGCCCUACCGUCGAUGAGAAGAACUUCCCCAGCCUGGGCGGCAACUAA